GUCCACACGGCACCUCAUAACCACUGUUAGAUGGUCUCCUUUCUGUCGCAUUUGCCUCCGUACAAGUUUCUGCAAUCCUCGCCGUACUCCCAAGCACACACCCUCAUCAGUCUACAAUGGCACCCAUCCACCGCGUAGCCGUCAUCCAAUGGAACAUCCAAGACCUGGCCAUCGAGGAGAACCACCGCAAAGCAUGUGAUUAUAUUCGCGAAGCCGCAGCACAGGGUGCCGAGCUCGCCGUUCUCCCAGAAUACCACUUGAAUGGCUGGGCCCCGUCCGAUCCCCUCUGGCUCACCCACGCCGCCUCCACCCACAAAUACCUGCAAGCAUACCAAUCCCUCGCCCGGACCCUCCACAUCUGCAUCGUCCCCGGCACGAUCGUCGAGCGCCACGAUUUGGCGCCCGCUACCACAUCCACCCCGCGGGCAGCGAAAGCCGAAGAAGCCGCGGCAGACACGAAGGAUUAUCUGCUGUACAACACCGCCUACUUUAUCUCCCAUGAUGGGCGCAUCCUCGGCCACUAUCGCAAGAAGAACAUCUGGCAUCCCGAGCGCGAGUAUCUGACGUCAUCCGGGGAGGAGCCGCACGAGGCCUUCGACACCCCGCUGGGCAAGGUGGGGUUACUCAUUUGUUGGGAUCUGGCGUUUCCGGAGGCGUUCAGGGAGUUGAUUGCUCAGGGGGUGGAGGUGGUGAUUGUGCCGACUUUUUGGAGCCGCUACGACGCCUCGCCCGCCAUGCUCAAACACAACCCCGCCUCGGAGAAACUGUUCCUCGAGACGACGCUCACGGCCCGCUGCUUCGAGAAUACCUGCGGGAUCAUCUUCACCAAUGUGGCGCGCGGUCAGGACCCCGACGAUAAGUUCAUGGGGCUGUCGCGGGUGGUGCUGCCGGUCGUGGGGCCGGUGGGGCAGAUGGGCGAUGAGGAAGGGGUGUUGGUGGUGGAUAUGGAUCUGGGGCUGGUGCGCAUCGCCGAGGAGAAUUAUAAGGUCCGCGAGGAUAUGGAGCGCGAGGGGUGGCAUUAUACGUAUCGGCAUUCGGCAGGGGGAAAGCAGUGAUUGUUCUUGUUUCGGGCUGGUUGGGGUGGUUACUCCUAGACAGGAGUUUUGACUUGUAUAGUUUGUUGGAUUUGACUUCCUAUGUAUGUAGCUCCUAGAACUUAGUAAAUAUCAAGAAACAAAUAAAAUAGAGAUAUC